GACACCACAUCACUCCGCAAGAGGAAGUUUGUGAUGACGUCACAUGUAAUAACGUCGGGGCGGCCAGUGUUUGCCUGGGGUAGAAAGUCGACGGCGUUGAUUUUGUUGUUAUUUUUGCUCGACUUUCGCUCGGCGCUUCAGACGCGGCGUUAAAUGGGGACUGAGGGGUUACCAUGAAACUCCGGUUGCAGAAUGACAGGAGUGAUUCCAGAGGAGCUGUAAAAGCGAGGGAGUCUCCAACUGUCAUGCAUCCUAACUCAAGACAGGAGGGCACUCAUGCCAGAAAUGGUUUAUCCCUUACUCUGCAAGCAGAGCUUCCCACCAGGACCGUGCCCGCUGCCCAAGCUAAGAGCAACGAGGUGCGGGUGCCCAUGACCGGCGGCCCGGGGGAGUCGGGCGGAGGUGCGUCCACCCGGCGAUCCAGAGUCAACUCCCACAGCCACACCCAUUCCCAUGGACACGGACAUCAUUGUGGGCAGCGUCAAUCCCAUUCAGAGCCCGAGCUCGACCCGUCUGACUCUGAUCCGGACUCUGGGGAACCCAGUGCCUCGUUGUCUGAGCUGCGGUGUCUGGUCCGUUGGCUCCAAAAGAGUCUUCCUUUUCUUGUGAUAUUAAGCGCUAAACUGGUCAUCCAGCACGCACUCGGACUGGCAGUUGGCGUCGGCCUCGUCACCACGUUCCUCUACGUGAAUAAAAACAUCCAAAUACAAGUAUUUCUUCAGGAUCGCCACGCAAAGCUGCAGUGUGUGUGGUUGCUGGUCCUCCUGAUCUCCUCCACCCUCCUGCUUUACUACACCUUUCUCACGGAGACACUUUACAACUGCCUUGUGUUCCUCAGUCCAACUAUAGAGCCGCUGGGAUUCUGGGAGGUCCUGUGGGCCGUCGGCAUCACCAACUUUAUAAUAAAGUUCUUCUUUAUGGGGAUCAAGUGCCUUAUCGUGCUUGUGCCUGCUGCCCUAGCCACCUACAGAACACAGGGGCGUUGGCUGCUGAUGACCGAGGAGCUGGGUCAGGUCUACCAAGCUGUGGCUCCUGUUCCUCUUUGGUUCCGCUACCUGGUCACGUACCAGGAGGUCGAUGGCGCCGCGGCGCUCACAUUGGGGGUUUUACUGGCUUUGCUCUACCUCAUACUGAAGCUUUUAGGAUUGUAUGGACAGUGGACGUCUUUGCUGAAAACUGUGAGGAUGUUUCUAAUGAAUGAGCAUACAGGGACGGCAGCCACGAGGAGCCAGUGCAUGGAGGCUGGAGACGUGUGUCCCAUCUGUCAGGGAGAAUACAGGGAGCCUCAAGUGCUCCUCUGCCAGCACAUAUUCUGUGAUGAAUGCAUCGCUCUGUGGUUUAACCGGGAGAAGAGCUGCCCUCUUUGCCGGACUGUGAUCACGGAGAAGGUGUACAAGUGGAGAGAUGGAGCUACUUCUCCACACCUGCAGAUUUACUGAUCGCACUUCUUUUUGGGAGGCUUUUGAGAAAAACUGCACUUUUUUAAAGACUUUUGCCGAUCAUUCACAAUUCUUAUGCAAGACUCUUUUUUGUGUGUUUUUCCAGCUAAGAAUGCAUGUGAAAAAAAAAAACUCCAAAGAUUGUUGUUGGACCAUCUUUACAACACAGAAAAGACAUAAGAAAAGAAAACGCAUAAGGAUUGUGGAGGAUGGGCAAAGUUCCAAACAAUAGUGCGGUUUUCCUUUUCACUUUUGGGUGCUUCCAUGAAUGUGACCUUGUUGGAUUGUUAAAUUGUACAGCAGCGUUCCUUUAUUUUCUUCCAUUAAAUUCAACCAAUGCUUUUC